UUUAUUGAUGAGCCAUAAAAAGUUAUUGAAAUCUCUGAACGCAUCACCCACCUCUACGACCAGUGAUUUCAACAACGACGACAUUAGCCAUCAUCACAAAUCCUCACAAGAGAUGAGUGCUAGCGCCGCCGCCUCAGCCGCCGCUAUAGCAUUGGCUUUGGAUUUAAAACCCAAACAUCAGCCGCCAGCAUCGAUGGAACAGCAGCAUCCACAACAACAACAGCAGCAUCAACAGAAAAUUAAAAAAUUGGUCCGACGCAAUGCCUCCGAUAAAUUGAAACUGAUACAGAUGGUCCAUGACAAUCCCAUCUUGUGGGAUUCACGUUUACCGAAUUUCAAGGGGGCCGAAGAGGAAAAGAAUCGGGCAUGGGAAAUGAUCGGCAAGGAGUUCAAUGCGCCCGGCAGGCGUGUGGCGCGAGCUUUCAAAUCUCUGCGAGAAUCCUAUCGUCGCGAAUUGGCCCAUGUCAAGUUGAUGGGCAAUAACUUUAAACCCAAAUGGAGUCUGUACGAGGCAAUGGAUUUUUUGCGGGAUGUCAUCCGGGAGAGAAAAGGUGGUUCACAUGCUCUGGAGCACAGUGGCCCCUUGGGUCUCAAUCUUACCGCCUUGGCUCAACAUAUCUCCAAUGCUGCGGCGGCCAAUAACAAUAAUAACCACAACAACAAUAACAACAACAAAAGCAAUUACAAAUUGAAUUCAAUGCAUUCAUCCUUUAAUGAUUCCGCAUUGAAUCUCUCGAAAUGUUCAUCGAAUCUGAAUAUGAGCGCUGGCGAUGAUUACUAUUAUAACGUAAAAUCCGAAUUGGAUUUGUCUAACAACAAUGCAACACACUCGAACAACAACGGCAGCACACAACAACACUCAGGCAACCAAUUGCAACAACACCAACUAUUGCAUAAUGAUAGUCGUGUCUCCUCGACUCGCAAUGAUUCCUCCUCGAAUGGUCAGAACAAUACUUACGAUGAUUUGGAUAACUCCUCAGUGCGUAGUGGUGAUGAGGAGACAGCAGGCGGUGCCCUUAGUAAUCAAGGCUCCGAUGAGGUAGAAGAACUGGAAGCCAUCGAUGCCGACUUCCCCUAUCCACUGAUAUUGAAUUCCCAUCAUUCGCCCAGCACCAGUGGAGGAGUGGUGGGUAGCAAUGGUGGUGGCAUGCCACCACUGAAACGCAGACGUAAACAUUUGAAUAGCACCGGUGAGGAGGAUAACAACGAUGCUGACGACGAUGACGAUGACCAGGAUCCGGAUGACUACGAUGGACAAAUGCUGCAGCAACAUCGUCAUUUGCGGGCCCAGAAUAUGGCCAAUGGUCUAACGCAUAACGGUUUAAUGGGCGAUAUAAUGGCCCAGCCCCAGACAGUGCGUGAAGUUUUAAACUCGAAAUUCUGUGGUUUCAUAUCGGCCAAGCUCAAUAGCAUGGAAGAUUCGGAGGCGGAUAAUUUAAUGAAUAAAAUUCUCAUGUUGCUGGUGCAGACACAAAUGAACAGUAGUGGUGCCGGUGCGGCAGUGGUGGCAACAGCUGGUGGGACCACAGGCUCAUCAUCACCUUCGGGCUGUAGCAGUUUAAAUGUCUCCACCCCGCCAAGGGAGGCAAAGUGA